CACCGCACCGCACGAGCACACGCACAUUUGACGGGGACGUCUCCACGUAUUCAAUUAAAAGCUUUGUGUGCACUUCAGUGAUACCUACGCGUAUGGCCAGAAGCCCAUCCGUGGGAAUGUAAUGUUCUAAGUGACAACUUGGGCAGAAUUAUUCCACGAGCGCAGCUUUCGCAUUACACGGCUCAGUUCACACAUUACAGCGCUAGGAACGGGAACACUUCUGCAAAUUACAGCCUAUAGGAGACAGCUGCGCAUCCUUGGAAAAAACGGGGGUUACCCCCAUGAUAGCUGAAAGAUUUCUGGGAACUCUUCGGAAAUCCGGCGGUCAAAUAUCUGAUUUGCGAUUUCUGCCGGGCAGGGCAGGGCAGACCCGACCGAUUCAGAACCAUGGACAGCACCGGCUUCUUGCUUUGCGUUUGUAAUAUUUUUGUUCAGAUUUUGGCAGAGCAAGAAGUUGAAAAUCUCUCAGGUUUAUCUACCAACCCGGACAAAGAUAUCUUUGUGGUGAGAGAAAACGGGACGACUUGUCUAAUGGCUGAGUUUGCAGUCAGAUUUGUGGUGCCUUACGAUGUUCUGGCUCUCAAUGGCAUUGACCUGAUAACAGAACAAGCCCAGAUCACACUUCCCCGUGGGGCAGACAUUAAAGGUAAAUGUGCAGCUACAGAGGCAGAGCUUCAGAUUUCGUGGCUAAAAGACGCCUACACCUUCCGUCUGUUUUUCAUUAAGGAGGCGCAUAACUUAUCUAAAGGCCAAGAAAUCUUUUGGAAGAUUAACAAAAUGCAAUUAAUUUACGACUCUUCAGAAGCAUCCCACUUCAGUAAUGCUGUUGAACCUGGAAAGCACACUGCCAGCUCCCAUCACCUGUCAGCCUUCGUGACUCCCAAAGGCAGGUCCUACGUGUGUCAGGCGCAGCAGACCCUCUCCUUAAUAACCAGCGACCACCAGAAAGGAGUCACCGUCUUCAUGUCUGACGUGCAGAUCCAGCCGUUUGACAUUCCGAGUGACUUCACCUUCAGUGACGCCUACAAAUGUAUCACGGACCAGAGGGAGCAGUUAGAAGAGACCCUGCCAUUAAUUCUGGGCAUCAUUUUGGCACUGAUCAUUGUGAUUACUCUGGCCGUCUAUCACAUCCAUCAGAAGAUGACUGCAACUCCAGUGCAGAUUCCGCGUGAUAGAAGUCAGUACAAGAACAUGUAAUGAUUUUUUUUUCUUCCCAUUUCCUAACCUAUUACAGCUGCUCCACAAUCCUGGAUAUUAACACGCGGCAGACACUAUGUAUUGAAUUUGACUUUUAUGCAGGCCAGCAAAUUUCUGGUGGCUAUCAGCUUUACUUGGUUAAUCAUCUAUGUGGAAAUGACCAUUUUCCUUAUUUUUCAUGUGUCUAUGAAUAUUAAUUGAAUAAAGUAAUGAAUCGAGACACAGUUAAAAACAUGAUGUACCUGGGAUUUGUACUCUAAUGGCACUGUUUGGUUUCUUUUGGAAGAGGGAAUAUAGAAGUGAUAAGCGGUACCAGAAAUUGGGGAAAACAAAAUGUCUUUCGGUGUCUUCAUUUGCAUAACUAGCCGUGUUACUCUCCCAUGAUCUUUGACUUGCUCCUUUUUGACCUAAUCAGCCAAUCCAUAUUUUUGAAUGUACAGUUACAUUGUGUAAGAUGUGUAAAUAACUCUUAAGAUAAUGAGGAAUAAAUGCACAUUCCCAUGUGUGCUUAAGGUC